CACUGUAUGCCUGAUUUCUCUCUCUCUCUCUCUCUCUCUGCUCUUCUCCCUCUUUCCUUGCUCGCUAGCUUGCUCCAAACACAGCUCAAGAUCAAUAGGAAUUCAUAGGAACAAUACAAUACAUACACGCAUACAUAGUGCCUAUCCUCGAACACCUUGCAGAGGGAGGAGGAAGAAGAAGCAGCAGCAGCAGCAGGUUUGCCUGGAGGAGGAGCAAGAAAUACAGCGAGGAAUUGAGGGAGAAGUAGUGGUGGUUUCUAUGGAGUUCACUACAAGCAGUAGGUUUUCUAAAGAGGAGGAUGAGGAGCAGGACGAGCCAUCCAGGCGAGAGAUCCCCUUCAUGACGGCCACGACCACGGCCGCGGAAGCUGCGCCUGCGCCUACGUCGUCGUCGUCAUCUCCUGCUCACGCGGCUUCCGCGUCAGCGUCGGCGUCCGUGUCUGCGUCGGGAAGAAGCCCUCCCUUUCGCUCUGAGGAUGGCGCCGGAGCGUCUGGGAGCGGCGGUGGCGGCGGCGGCGGCGAAGCGGAGGCGGUGGAGAAGGAGCACAUGUUCGACAAGGUUGUGACGCCGAGCGACGUGGGGAAGCUGAACCGGCUGGUGAUCCCGAAGCAGUACGCCGAGAAGUACUUCCCGCUGGACUCGGCGGCGAACGAGAAGGGCCUCCUGCUCAACUUCGAGGACCGCGCGGGGAAGCCAUGGCGCUUCCGCUACUCCUACUGGAACAGCAGCCAGAGCUACGUGAUGACCAAGGGGUGGAGCCGCUUCGUCAAGGAGAAGCGCCUGGACGCCGGGGACACCGUCUCCUUCUCCCGCGGCGUCGGCGAGGCCGCGCGCCACCGCCUCUUCAUCGACUGGAAGCGCCGAGCCGACACCCGCGACCAGCUGCGCUUGCCUCGCGGGCUCCCGCUCCCGAUGCCGCUGACGUCCCACUACGCCCCGUGGGGCCUCGGCGGCGGAGGGGGGUUCUUCGUGCCGCCGUCGCCGCCCGCCACGCUCUACGAGCACCGACUCCGGCAAGGGCUGGACUUCCGCACCUUCAACCACCCUGCCGCCCCGAUGGGGAGGCAGGUCCUCCUUUUCGGCUCGGCCAGGAUUCCUCCGCAAGCACCACUGCUGGCGCGCGCACCGUCGCCGCUGCACUACACGCUGCAACCGAGCGGCGUCGACGGCGUAAGGGCCGCAGGCUCACCGGUGGUGCUCGACUCGGUGCCGGUCAUCGAAAGCCCGACGACGACAGCAAAGCGCGUGCGGCUGUUCGGCGUGAACCUCGACAACCCGCACGGCGGCGGCGCCGGUGAGUCGAGCAAUCAUGGCAAUGCACUGUCAUUGCAGACGACGCCCGCGUGGAUGAGAAGGGAUCCUACGCUACGGCUGCUGGAAUUGCCUCCCCAUGGCGCCGAGUCGUCCGCUGCAUCGUCUCCGUCGUCGUCGUCUUCCUCCAAGAGGGACGCGCAUUCAGCGUUGGAUCUCGAUCUGUAGCGACCUAAAGAGAAAAACAAAGGAAAGUUCAACGAUUCUUAAUUUUUCUUCUGUUUGAUUUGGUUUGUUCGCAGCAACAUCUUACUUUCUCUUGUGAUUCCAUUAUAACCUUAAAUUCGAUGACAGCAUUAGGAUUUGACAGUUUUCUUUUGGUCAUCACUUGAAAUUUUUCUGUUGGUUUGAGAAGAUAUAUAGAAUUAUUAGGAAACUUGAAAGUUUUC